GUUGGUAUGGGACCCCCUAGCGGAGGCGAAAUCAGUUUGGAUUCUGAGUCUUCAGCUGACGUUGAGAAAUUUCACUCUGGGAGUGCCCACUGAUCUGUCACAAACAGAUUUUGCUCGUAUUGAUACUUCAUUCGUUUGUUGUGUUUAAAUCCGCCAAAGAAAAUGUCGUCACGUAAGACAGCUGGACGUCGUGGAACUACUAAGAAGCGUGCUCAGCGAGCAACUUCAAAUGUUUUUGCUAUGUUUGAUCAAGCCCAAAUUCAAGAAUUUAAGGAGGCGUUCAACAUGAUUGAUCAAAACCGUGAUGGAUUUGUGGAUAAGGAAGAUCUUCAUGAUAUGCUAGCAUCUCUUGGUAAAAACCCAACUGAUGAAUACUUGGAAGCCAUGAUGAACGAAGCACCCGGUCCUAUCAACUUCACCAUGUUUUUAACUUUGUUUGGAGAGAAGCUUCAAGGUACUGAUCCAGAGGAAGUAAUAAAGAAUGCAUUUGGUUGUUUUGAUGAAGAAAACACUGGCUUCCUCAAUGAAGAGAGGCUACGAGAACUGCUGACCACUAUGGGUGACCGCUUCACUGAUGAAGAUGUGGAUGAAAUGUAUAGGGAAGCUCCUAUUAAGAAGAGCAUGUUUGACUACUUGGAGUUUACUCGCAUUUUGAAGCAUGGAGCCAUCGAUAAAGAUGAUUAAGAUGUUGCAAACACCCGCAUAUGAAAUCAUUUUCUGCUUGUGUAUCAUUCCAUACACAGAUGCCUUCCAUAUUCUUAAUUCUUAUAAUAAAGCCUCUUUUAAACAAAUUGUCUCCCCCCCAUCGCAUAUUCUUACUAAUGAAGGGGUGUCGCCUCUCUUUUUCUUUCACCACUGAUGUAACUACAGUGUAAGGGUUGAUGGCUAAUAAAAUAAACCUAUUCACCAACUACA